GAUGUAAAUGAGCUGCUCUGACCCUUCAGUGUAGUGAGGAGCGAUCUGCGCGAGACGAGUCGAGAGCGGCGGAGCGGAUUCCGACAGAUUCCUACGCGCGUGCUUCUCCGUCCACGAAGCUCCGGAUGGCUUAUUAACCGCGCGCGACAAGCCGUUAGUCAGAUGCGCGCGCUCUUAACGCCAUAAAGCGGAUAUUCCUACUCACUUUGCCCGGAGUCACAGAGAAGAGCGACAACAUGAAAUACAAAAACCUGAUGGCCAAAGCGCUGUACGACAACAUGCCGGAGUCCCCCGAGGAGCUGGCCUUCCGCAAAGGGGACAUCCUCACCGUCAUCGAGCAGAACACGGGCGGCCUGGAGGGCUGGUGGCUGUGCUCGCUGCACGGCCGCCAGGGCAUCGCCCCCGGCAACCGCCUCAAGCUGCUGAUCGGGCCCAUGUUCGAGGCCCAGUCGCCGGCCGCCGCCGGCUCGGGGGGGGCUCAGGGCAUCUACCAGGUGCCGCCGGCCCCCCAGAGUCCCCAGCAGCAGAGUCCACAGAGCGUCUACCAGGAGCCGCCGGGGCAAGACGUCUACCAGGUGCCGCCGCGGAGCGCUCUGGCUGCGGAUAACGCCCCGAGCAAGGUGGUGACCCCGACUAGAGUGGGACAGUCCUACACCUUCAGCCCCGGCCAGCACAACCAGCAGGACCUCUAUGACGUCCCGCCCAGCAGGGCCCAGGGGGUGUACGACGUUCCUCCCGGCCAGAUGUUUCCCGGCGGCAGGAACCAGGGCGUCUACGACGUGCCUCCGCCUCAGAUGGACCCCCGGACGCAGGGCGUGUACGACGUCCCCCCCUCCUCUCCAGGGGUGUACUCGGUGCCGCCCUGCAGGACCGGCCCCGCCCUCCAGGAGGGGAACUACGACUUCCCUCAGCCCCUCAAGCACAAGCAGGAGGGCGUCUACGACGUGCCGCCGGCCGCCCUCGCCAAACCCGCCGCCGCCGCCGCCGGCCCCCCGUCGCACUACGACUCCCCCCCGACGGCGGAGCCGCCCGCCCACCACGCCAACGAGGGUGUCUACGACGUGCCUCCGCCCGCCCUCCGCUCGGGGGCGGGGUCACCGAGCGACGUGUACGACGUCCCGCGGGGCGCGCAGCCCGCGCCGCGCCGCGCCGACAGGGACGGCAGCAGAGGCGUCUACGACGUCCCCGCCGCCAUCGCUCAGGACUCUCGCGCCGCCGCCGCUCAGGACGUGGCGGACGGCGUGAACCGCCUCUCCUUCUCCAGCACGGGCAGCACGCGCAGCAGCAUGUCCACCUCCUCGUCCUCCGCGGGCUCCGCCUCCGAGGGCCGCCUCGCCCUGGACGCGGACGCGGCGACGCAGCGGCUGCGCCGCCUGCAGCACGCCGUGGAGGCGUCGGUCGCCGCCUUGCACGCCACGGUGGCGUCCCCCCACUGGAGGACCGUCCCCUUCAUGGAGCGCCACGCCGACGACGUGCGCGCGGCGCUGGACCGGGUCCGCGCCGCCCUCGGGGACUUCGUGGCGUUCGGCCGAGGGGCGGCGGCCAACGCCGCGGCGCUGUCGGACUCCGGCCCGCACGCCAAGCUGCGGCGCCAGCUGGCGCGCCUGGAGGACUCGCAGCUGAUCCUCCUGCAGGCGUUCCAGGCGCUGGACGCCGGCGGCUGGGCGGCGAGCGCGGCGGCGUCCGGCGCCAAGCAUCACAACAAGAGCGACGAGCUGGACCGCUUCGUCAUGGUGACCCGGACGCUGCCCGACGACGCCAAGCAGCUCGCCUCCACGAUAGGAGGCGCCGCCGAGCUGCUGUUCCGGCGGACGCACGCCGACGGCUCCUCCUCCGGGGGCGGCGGCACGCCGGAGGAGAGCGGCGGCGGCGUGCGUCCGCUCGGCUCGCCCGAAAACGACAACUACGGCGGGCCGAGCAAGACGCUCCCCGCCGCGCCGGAGAAACAGAACAUGAACAACAGCGAGAAGUGUGUGAAGAGCUGGAUGGAGGACUACGACUACGUGCACCUGCAGGGUAAAGAAGACUUUGAGCGUCAGCAGAAGGAGCUGCUGGACAAAGAGAACAUCAUCAAGCAGAGUCAAGUCCAGCUGGGCCAGGAGCAGCUCAACCAGUUCAAGCAGCUGGAGCAGGAGGUGAUCCGGCCGGUGGAGAACGACGUGACCCAGUGGAUCUCUCACCAGCGCGGCGGCUCGGCGGGCUCCGCCGCCCCGCCCCCCCCCUCCUCCGGCCGCGUGUGCGCCCGCGACCGCCAGCUGCUGGGCUUCUACUCGGAGCAGUGCGGCCAGCACUUCUCCACGCUGCUCGGCGCCGUGGACGCCUUCUUCGGCUGCGUGGGCGCCGGGCAGCCGCCGCGCAUCUUCGUGGCGCACGGCAAGUUCGUCAUCCUCAGCGCCCACAAGCUGGUGUUCAUCGGGGACACGCUGUCCCGCCAGGCCUCGGCGCCCGAGGUGGCCAACCGCGUGAUGAACUCCAGCAACGUGCUGUGCGACCUGCUGAAGACGGUGGUGGCCGCCACCAAGACCGCCGCCCUCAACUACCCCAACACGGCCGCCGUCCAGGAGAUGGUGGACCGGGUCACCGAGCUGUCGCACCACGCGCAGCACUUCAAAGAGCAGCUGCUGCUGCUCGCCACCCUGUGACUCCGCCCCUGAGUCUAGCACAAAUAUAUAUUUACACUUUAUAUAUAUAUCGCUCAUCUGUACGUCGUGGAUGUUGUAAAUAGUUUCCGUUCUGUAAAUAUAUGCUCUAUUUUUGUGUAGAUUGUUUUAUAUCCCGGUGUGAACGUGUGUGUGUCGGUGUGUCGGUGUGUGUGUCGGUGUGUGUGUCGGUGUGUGUCGUGUUCUCAUUCGACUUUUCUUCUUCACAACAUUCCUGUCGCGUGUCACGAAGCACCUUAUGAGACGUGUUCAUCUCCUUUGCUCCCCCCGGUGGUGUCUGACUGCGACUGCAACUCUCCUUGUAAAUCACAUUAAUGUCGAUGUACAGUGUGUUUGUGUGCGUGAGUGUGUGUGUGUGUGUGUGUGUGUGUGGAGCUCUUCUACAGAGUAAAGGAUUGUUCUUAACUACG